AUAUUAAUGAUAAGAAAUCUGAUAGCAAGGAAGAAACAAAACCUGAAAAGAUUGUUGAACACAAGAAAGAGAGUACAUCUAGCAAGAUUGAAAAGAAAUCUGAAGAAUCAAAGCCAGACACCAAGGUGGAACAAGUCAAAUCUGAUGAAAAGAAACCUGAUAUCAAGUCAAAGACUGAAAAAAAGAAAGAAGAAAAGACAUCUUCUCAUAAGGAUGAUGUAAAGAAUUCUGAAAAGAAGAAAUCUGAAGCCAAGAAGGAUGAUAAGAAAUCUGAAAAGAAAUCAGAACAUAAGGAUGAUGAACUGGAUGAUAACAAAAUUCAAAUCAAAUCAGAAAACCUCCAAAAGAAGGUGGAUGAAAAUAAGAAGAAAUCGGAUAUGAAGGAUGACAAGAUGUUAAAUGAAAAUAAGGAGAAAUCCAAGACCGAUACCAAGAAAUCCGCAGGAAAGAAGUUAGAGGAAUCUAAUGACAAGAAAUCCAAUGACAAGAAAUCAGAAAAGAAGGAAGACAAGGCAGGGCAUAAGGAUGAUUCUAUGAAGGACGAAAAGAAAUCUGAAAAGAAAGCAGAUGAUAAAGAAGAAACGAAUAAAAAGAGGGAUGACGAGAAAUCUGAACAUAAGGAAGAUAAGAAAUCUGAAAAUUCUGACAAGAUGACCAAUGAGAAAAACAAGGCGAACGAUAAGAAAUCUGAUAAGGAUGAUGUAAAGAAGAAAUCUUCAAAGAAAUCAGAAGAAAAUGAGAAGGAAUCUAUUGAGCAUAAAAAGGAUUCUGAAACUUCCAAACCAGAUUCCAAAAUGCAAGUCAAAUCAUCAGAAAAAUCAAAUUUAAAGACGGAUGAAAAGAAAUCCGAACAUAAGGAUGAUAAGAAAUCUGAUAAGAAGGCCAAUCCGCUCGAUAAAUCCGAAGCCAACAAGGAUGAAAAGAAGACACACGAUGAUGAAAAUAAAUCAGAUAAGAAGGAUUAUAAGAAAUCAGAUCAUAAGGAUGAAAAGAAGACUGAUAAGAAACUUGAUAAGGAUAAUAAGAAGACACAUGAUGAUGAAAAGAAAUCAGAGAAGGAUGAGAAAUCUGAAAAGAAAUCAUAUGAUGAGGAUGAAAAGAAGGUUGAUAAAAAAUCUGAUACCAAGAAGGAUGAUAAGAAAUCUGAUAAGAAAUCCGAACAUAAGGAUGAUAAGAAAUCUGAUAAGGAAAAGAAAUCUGAUGACAAGAAAGAUGAAAAGAAAUCUGAUAAGAAAUCACAUGAUGAGGAUGAUAAGAAAUCUGAAACCAAGAAGGAUGAUAAGAAAUCUGANAAGAAAUCAGAACAUAAGGAUGAUAAGAAGGCUGAUAAGAAACCAGAACAUAUGGAU